AUGGCAAGAGGGAAAGUUCUUUCUGAUGAUGCACGCAAAAUCAUUGUGAAGCUCUAUCAGCAUGAAUCGUUCUCUGCCCAGCAAUUGUCUCGUCUAGCAGAUGUUCAGCAACGAACGAUUCAGCGAAUACUGAGUCACUGGAGGGAGACUGGUAGAGUUGAACGAGACGUCUUGCACAGUCGGGGGCGACCAAGGAUAUUGGAUUAUGCAGACACUGAGUAUCUGCUUGGUUCAGUGGACCGUCGAUGCGACCUAUUUUUAUUGGAGUUGCGGGAUGAACUUUGCAAUGCAUGUGGCAAGGAAGUAUCAGAUAGUACGGUGUGGAGAGCUUUGCGUCGAGUAGGAUUCACAAUGAAAAGGGUAAGUAUUAAUAUUUUACGAGUAAAACAGCAGGAGGGAAAAAAACCAAUAGAUCUCAAGGAGGGCAGCCGAGCGCACCGAACUAGAACGUACUAG